AUGGCAGAAGGCCAGCCCCACCUAAGUAUUCAGAUGUCAGACUCGAAUACAAAUGGCAUUCCCAGCAGAAGGCAGUCCUCUCCACACUUAGCUGGCAGGGGAGGAAGCGUACUAACUUUCCACAACAUCUGCUACCAUGUGAGGAUGAAGACUGGGUUCCUGUGUUGGCAAAAAACAGCCGAUAAAGAAGUUCUGAGAGAUGUCAAUGGCAUCAUGAGACCAGGACUGAAUGCAAUUUUGGGACCCACUGGCAGUGGUAAAUCUUCUCUGCUGGACAUUUUGGCCGCAAGGAAGGAUCCCCAUGGGCUUUCCGGUGACAUUUUGAUCAAUGGAGCUCCACAGCCUGCCAACUUCAAGUGUACCUCUGGAUAUGUCGUACAGGAUGAUGUGGUUGUGGGAACCCUGACUGUAAGAGAAAAUUUGAAGUUCUCAGCAGCGCUCCGUUUGCCAAAGUCAGUGAAGGAACAGGAAAAAAAUGAACGAGUGAAUCAGAUCAUCAAGGAACUGGGUUUGAGCAAAGUGGCAGAUUCCAAGGUUGGCACCCAGUUCAUUCGUGGGGUGUCUGGAGGAGAGCGGAAAAGGACCAGUAUUGGGAUGGAGCUCAUCACAGAUCCUGCCAUCUUGUUUUUGGAUGAGCCAACUACGGGACUCGAUGCCAGCACUGCUAACGCUGUCCUACUGCUACUGAAAAGGAUGGCAAAACAAGGAAAAACAAUAAUCUUCUCCAUCCACCAGCCUCGGUACUCCAUAUUCCGACUGUUUGACAGCCUGACGCUGCUGGCCGCGGGGCGAGUGCUGUACCACGGGCCUGCUCAGCACACCAUCGAGUACUUCCAGUCUAUCGGCUACGAGUGUGAACCGUACAACAACCCUGCUGACUUUUUCCUGGACAUCAUUAAUGGAGACUCCACUGCAGUGGCAAUGAGCAAGACCGAUGAAAUUAACACAGAGGGCACUGAAGAACACACUGAAUAUAAUAAAACCUUGGCUGAGAAUUUAGCAGAAAAAUACUCCAACUCUGCCUACUACCAAGAAACAAAAGCAGUAUUAGAUAAUAGUUCUUUGGGAAAUAAGAAGAAAACAAAAGCAGUUUUCCGACAAAUCACGUAUGCCAAUUCCUUCCUUCAUCAGCUGAAAUGGGUGUCCAAGCGCACAUUUAAAAAUCUGGUAGGAAACCCUCAAGCUUCCAUAGCUCAGCUGUGUGUUACGGCUUUCCUGGGACUGGUUGUAGGUGCCAUUUUCUUUGGACUUAAAGAGGACUCUGCCGGACUACAGAACAGACUGGGUGCAAUGUUCUUUCUGACCACCAACCAGUGUUUCAGCAGCAUCUCAGCUAUUGAACUCUUUGUUGUGGAAAAAAAGAUAUUUAUACAUGAAUAUAUCAGUGGGUACUACAGCACAUCUCCGUAUUUCAUCUCAAAGCUAAUGGCUGAUUUAAUACCCAUGAGGACUAUACCAAGCAUCAUCUUCACCUGUAUAAUUUACUUCAUGUUAGGUUUGAAACCAACAGUAGAAGCCUUCUUUACAAUGAUGUUUACCCUUAUGAUGGUGUCCUACACAGCCACUUCUAUGGCACUAGCCAUUGCAGCAGGACAGAGCGUGGUCGCUGUAGCAAACCUGCUCAUGACUAUCGCAUUUGUUUUUAUGAUUAUUUUCUCUGGGUUGCUGGUCAAUCUCACGAGCAUCAUGUCCUGGCUCUCCUGGCUCAAGUACUUUAGCAUCCCUCGAUACGGAAUGACAGCUUUACAAAUCAAUGAAUUGACUGGUCUGAACUUUUGUGGCAGCAGUAACAACACGAAUUUAAUCAGCAACGAUAACUAUCGACAGACAAGCCAGCCGUGGUGUACCGGAGAUGAAUAUCUGAAAAAUCAAGGCAUUGAUGCGAGUAGCUGGGGCCUGUGGCAGAACCACCUGGCUCUCGCCUGCAUGACAGUAAUAUUCCUUACCAUUGCCUACCUAAAAUUGCACUUCAUGAAGAAGUUCUCCUAA